CACGAGAUAACAUCAGGCUUUGUGAAUAGCUACGAUUAUUGCAACCCCCGCGAGGUACCACACAUUACACGCAACGGCAGGCCGGCCUACAAUUCAAGAAACAUGUCUGAGACAUUCCACACCCCAAGUUUUGGUGAGGACUUUGAGAUUCUACCCAUCACUCCUCCCAGGAUGCCAGGCGAGGGUGCUACGCCGGGAAUGAACCCUGCCUCAGCCGUAGGAUACCCUGAACACACCGCUGCUGGUGGUGGAGGAGGAGGGGGUGGUGGGGGUACAGAACCCACCUUUCACACUGCCGGAAGCCCCCAACAGAUGUCCUCCUUGACCUCCCCUCUAAACCCUCAACAAGCUACAAACGUUCCCAGUCCACGGACCUCCACGAAUUCUCCAGUACUGUCACAAGCCCAAUCCCCUGCCCUGAGCCACACCAUGAGCCCUGCAGGAACCUACACAACCUCCUUGUCGAAUGUCACGCCCAGUUACUCGAGCCAGUCCUCCCCAGUAUUUUCAGAUCAGCUCUCACACAUGACUGAAAGUUUGCCAGUGGCGACAUCGGCACAAGCCCCUGUUAACCCUCAGUUCCCCCCUCAGAUGUUUGACGUACCGCCCAUCACGGAUGCGGCUUGCAGUAUGGGACACUUUAAUAGUGGUAUGGACCCCGUCAUGGCCGCCUCCCUAGGGAGCUCAAUGUCCGGGGCCACCACCCAUAUGAGCCCCUCCUACCACAUGUCACACCCACAGCAACCAGGGCAACACCACCCCCACCCUGGGCAGCAGCAACCGCACCACCCUCACCACCCCCAGCAAGCGCACCACCCUCAGGACAGCAGUAAUUUCUUCCAUCAUGGUCAUACAGAGAUGGGUCCGCCCCACCCACCAGGUCCGCAGCACCUAUCUACCAUCAAUCACUCACAGCUUGGGCUUGGCUUGCACCAUGGAGGACUGCCCCCUAUGUCACAGCAACACCAUGCACAACUCAUGGCAGGACAGACUGCCUCUCCCCCUCACAUGGUAGCUGGUAGGGCGGGGCACCUAGAGAGUAGUGAGGACAGCGAUGACAACACUCCUCUUGCACAGUUUGCUGCUCAGGCCAAGCGGCCAGAGGUCGUCAAAGAAACGAAAAAGAAGCCCCCCAAGCGCAAGCGUAAGAAGGACCCUAAUGAACCCCAGAAGCCAGUCUCUGCCUAUGCUCUGUUCUUUAGGGAUACACAGGCGGCCAUCAAGGGUCAGAAUCCCAACGCUAGCUUCGGAGAGGUCUCUAAGAUCGUUGCAUCAAUGUGGGACAGCUUGGAUGCUGAACAGAAGGCCGCUUACAAGCAGAGGACGGAAACAGCCAAGAAGGAAUACUUGAAGAAGCUUGCAGCAUACAGAGCAAGUUUAGUUUCAAAGGCCGCUGUAGACCAGAUGGACCCUGAGGAUCAGUCUCCCAGUAAGCAGCAGAGACUGUCUGGUCCAGUCUCGGUCUCUCCCCCUCAUGGUGCUAACGUGGCCGGUGCCGUCGGCCAGCUUCAUCCCUCUGUUGCACCCAGGGUUAUUGCACCCAAGCCACCGUCAUCGUCCAAUGCACCGGUGGGCGGUGGCACCAUGACGACCGCAGCAAGCCCGUACGGCCAGCCGGCAGCCAUGGUACAACCAAUGCAGAACGUACAAAGAGUCGUCAAACCAAUGUCGCCAACGAAGGCGGUAAGCGAGCCACAGCCAGUGCUGUGUACUCGCAGCGGGUGUAACCGGCCUCCUAUAGAAAGCCCCGAUUGGGAUAAUGAAUAUUGCAGCUCGCAGUGUGUCGUAGAACACUGCAGGGACGUUUUCACUGGGUGGGUGGUGACGAACAAUGUAAGCUCCGGAAUGGUGCCUCAUUCGGUCAAAUAGGAUGCCCGGACCCCCUGCGUGCAUCAUACGGUUGGUACCAUGGACAGCACCCCCCUGGAAGACAAAUGGACAUGCCCUAUGCUCACAUGUAAAUGUAUUUAUGAGCUUGGUCGAAACACUUAGUAAAUAGGGGUGGAGAGCACUGGUAAAGAAACAAAUUGUUAUCAAAUCUGGAAGGAAAUUAAAGUACUAAAGGAAACCCAAAUCAGGAGGGAAAAUGGAAAGCUAUGAUAGAGAGGUAGUUAGAAGAAAGGUUUUAUCAAAAUCAGUUACAAACUGACAUAGUGGAUGGAUAUAAAAAAGUCUCAAUUUAUUUUUUACGUGGAACUAAAAUUGUCAACAUUGAUUUAGAGUAGCAGACUGCUGUUUAAAAAAUCUCUGCUACGAUUCUGAUAUUUUCUCUCUUUACCUUUCAUUUUAUGUCUAUCUGUAAGUUGCAGCUUGUAUCUUUGUAAAUUCUAAAUUUAUGAGAUAGCUAAGUUGAACUUAAGAGAUAAUGCUAAAAAAAUGACAAUGAAGUACAAAAACAAAUCACAUGUAAAGUUGUCUGCAAAAGCCUGCCCUUCUCAAACAUUGCCAAUUUGAGAAUCACCAGUGAAGGUACUGAUAAUUUAAGAUUUUUUCUUUACUUGUAUAACUCUCAUUUUUUCACCAAUUUUGAUAGAAUUUUUUCCAAUUUGUUUCUCUAUAUCCUAUAUUUUCAUUAAUAGUGAUGUUCUCUAGCAGUGUGAGUUCCUUAUAAAACCGAACCGAUAAUUGUUUUGAUAAAUACCGAGUAGUGGUGUGUCCACCUGAUCUACAAUGUGGUUACGAAUUCCCUUGUCUAUAUACAAAAUCAUAUUAUGCCUACUUACUGUUAAAUCGUAAUUUGAUAUUGUGAGUGGUAUUCAAAUUGUCUGUGAUGUAACUUUGAUAUUAUUAUAAUUUAUUAUACCUUUGCAAAGAAUUAUUGGAAAUAGCUAUGAAACAUUUUAAAUGUAUGGAGGAAUACUCAUAUUGAGUGAAGUCCAUGUGUUUACGAAUAAGUGUUAUUGACAGUUCACAGGCAUAGUGGUAAAAAGUUUAAAAUUUGAAAUAAUUGUAUUGAACUGAAUGUGUACAAUAAUGAUAUAGGAAACUAGAACAUUUUUAGACUAAGUGAAAUAUCUUACAAAGCAAAGUAAAUUUAGAGAGAAUUCCAGCUUUGUUGCCCAGCAAAUAUCUUGAUGUAGGUGAAUCCAAUAUUAAACAGAAAAUUGUUGUGAUUUCACUAUUGAGUCAGAUUUCAGUUUGACUCACAUUACCAAUUCCUCGCAAAUGCCUAAAUUUCAUACUGCAAGCAAGAAAAGUGGUCCCUUAAUUGACACCAUGUUUAUUAUACUUAGUGGUAUUAUAAUAAUGAUAAUAAUAAUGAUAAUAAUAAUAUUUUCAUAGUGCAAAAACAAUGUGCAUAUAUACUUCUGCACUGUAAGGACUCCUAAGACUAUUGGAAAAAAUAUGAAAAGAAACAAGUACAUAACUAAAAAUAUAGGUCUUUAGCCUAAUUUUGAUUGUUUCUCAUGAAUGUUUCUACUGAUGGGGUUAUGGCAUAGUGGUUGGUACUCCAUAGUCAUGAACUGUUGAUGCCAGGUUCAAAUCUCUUGUUAGUAGUCACAAAGUGGUUUGUGUUCUCAAAUAACAAUGAUAUUCUGGCUUGAAGCCCUAUCUCUUCUUUAAAGACAGGGCAUGUUGUGUAAAUAUAUUUGCUCCUAUUAAACAUGGGUGUAGCUAUCAUGUACCUUGAGCCAUUAAUUGUUUGAUUAUUGAAUGAUUGUUCUUAAGACUUCUUAAUCAUUCUUGAUACAUUCCAGAAACAUUGCAUUGUCAUGUUGAUAUAUUUCUGUCAUUUAUUUUGCUGACAAAUGUUUUUUUUCUUUGCUGGUUGAAAUAAAACAGUUAUUGCUUUUAUCAUGUUCUGUAAUGUAUGUUUAUCUAAGCUGCAUCAUCAUGUUUUCUAUUUGAGAAGAAGAAUUGGAAAGUAACAGUUUUUUUUAAUUAUUAUUAAGGCUCAAUAUAUUUGUUGUGGUAUGCCAUAGUUAUUAAUUUCUGAAUUGUAAGUAAAAUGAUUCUUUUUGCCAUCUUUUACAAUGUAGAGAAAAGAUUAUUUUAAUAUAUUGUUAUGUUGUACAUUAGGGCCUCUUGCCCUCAAUCCCCUUCCCUUCUUAUCUCUGCCACUAUUUCUCACUUGCUCCCCUCAUUUCAUUACCCUGCUCUCUAUUCAUUUAUUCUCCCACACCCUCUCUCAAAUUCCUUCCAUCAUCCAUCUUUGUCUGUCUCUCUCUCUCUACCUCUUUUUCUCACAUCCUCCAUCUCUCCUUUUUCUGAGAAUCUUAUUUCAUGGAAUGACAAUCAUCCACAUAAAAAAAUAGUAUAAAUGCCUAGCAUGUGUGAUUACAUAAGAAAUGUGUAUAUUAAGUAUUGAAGAAUGUCUCUUCUUAGAGAGUAAUGAUUAUUUGCGAAACUCUCCCAAUACAGUGGUGCAGGUAUUGUAAAGAUAACCUGCCCUUAUAUUACAAUGUUUAUACAAUUGUUGUUCUCUUUUCAAGAAGGGAAACCAGAGGGGGGGGGGGGGAGUACUUGCGAUGUAAAUUAGUGUGACCCUCAAACCAGUGCCUAAGUAUUGCAUCAGUGUUCUCCACCCUAAACAUGUCUGUAAAUAACCAUGACAAAAAAAAAGAUUAAUAAGGAUUGUAAUUUUAUUUGUAAUGUAAGAUGUGCAAACUUAUACAGCUUUUUCUCUUCGAAGUCUUGUAGUUAUAAAAUUUCAUCAUGAGCUCUUAUUUUUCUCCUUCUGUUCUUGCAAUUCUCCUGUAUCUAUUUAUGAAUUUAUGACUGAGUAGGAGCCAGGUUUGGAUCAGGUGCGGGAGGCGAUCCAACGACGGUCUUCGUACUCAUGUACAGUUGGACUUGAAGAAUUAUAUGUAUUUUGUAUUAAAACUCAAUGCCUAAUUAAGUACAAGGAGAAACAUGUCUGAAUUGAUUGAUUGAAGAAAAAAAAAAGUUGGAACUUAAUAGAAGUGCACUUGUCUAUUACUAGCAGGUUAAUAAAGUAAAAAGGUGGAAUGUAA